GCAACCCUCAAGCUAAAAGCAUCGCGACGCUCGCCGGAGUGACCCGCGCGUGAUACGUGUCGUGAAACCUCUCCCUUCGCGACGCAACGCAACGCAACGCACGCCGGAAACUGGUGAACAUUCGCGACGAACGGCCCACCGCGAAAACAGACGAUCCUCUUGACACGGACGCGAUCAACCGCGAGUUAAACCGCGACCCGGCCUCCCCUGUGUGUGCUUUUAUGUGAGUGUGUUCGGUUUCUCCGCGUUUCUCGUUCGCGGCUGCCACCGAUCCGCUCGCCACAGAGACUGACGGGGAGGCAGCGACCGGCGGGGACUACCGUCGCGCAUCCGGAAUAAGAUGUUCCGCGUGACGUGGCUGCAGUGGUCGACGCUGCUGUUGACGCUGCUGGGUACGCGUCUGGUGUUCGUGGUCGCCCAAUGUGGAUCGUUCGCGCAGGACAGACUGGAAAAAGAGGAUAAACAGGAUAAGCUGGCGCUGUACAAAGUCACUUUAAGGACUUACUGGUCGAGGGCGCGAUUUCCACGUCACUACCCCGAAUGGAAGCCACCGGCGCAGUUCGGCAAGCUGAUCGGCCGAACGCACGACUCCACCUACACGUUGUACAGACUGGGCGAGAGGUUAUCCAGCGGGGCUAGAUUGUACGUGGAAACCGGAAGAACCGACGGCCUCGACGCCGACGGCGAUUCCCCGAAUAGCCUCCACUCGUUCGCCGGUCCUCCGGUGCCCCAAGGGGAAGGAACAAGUAUCGCGAGAGCGUUCCUCGACGGCAAUCACACUCUGAUCAGCAUCAUGUCGCGUAUCAACCCGAGCCCCGAUUGGUUCAUAGGGGUGGACUCCUUCCAGCUGUGCGUCGAGGGGAAUUGGGUGGACACGGUCACCGUCGAGCUGGACCCGCUGGAUGGAGGCACGGAUAACGGGUUCACAUUCACCGCUGCCAACUGGCCGACCCAGCCCCAAGGAAUCGCGUACAGGAUCACCUCGCGGUACCCAGCGCAUCCGGCUGGCAGCUUCUAUUAUCCGAAUCUGCCUCGACUGCCGCCGAUAGCCACGCUCACCUUCACCAAGUUGCGGGAGUACACGCUGACGGAAACGUAUCACGAGGACGACGUCGAGGUGGAGUUCGUCAGCAACGACAAUCUACUAGCGAACAGUGCGACCCCCAGGGGGAUCGAUCCGAACAGGGACCUGAACGAGGCGAUAGCCGAAGAGCGGAAGGAAAUGGACACUCAACGAUACAGGUACUGGACGACGACCGGAAGCGGGCAAACGGUGACGGACGUUCCUCGGGACAACAAGGCGGCCAUCUUAGACAGCAUCGCGUCAUUGUACGCGCUGCAAAGGCCGAGGCUCACACCGACACCCGCCCCGAAGCUCUCGAGAUACGAUGGGAAGACAGGCUGGCCGUAUUAUCAGAAGUACAAGCAGACAGCAGAGGCGCAGAAGGCUCAAAUCUUUGAGGACAUCCAGAGGAAGAUGGCGAACGCGACCAGCGGUAACAGUCUCGUCGGCCAUGCGUGGAAUUCCACUGACAACGCGAACCAACGUCAGCACAGGCUCAGGAUGAAACAUCACCGGCUGACGUCCAAGGGGAAACGUCUCAGAACGCGUCCUCCAAGGGAUUGCAAAGUAAGCGAAUGGGGCCCGUGGAGCGCCUGCAGUCGUAGCUGCGGCGUGGGAGAGACCCAGAGGACGCGGAAGAUCACGAUAAAGCCUCGCCGCGGCGGUUCAUCGUGUCCGCCGUUGAAGGACACAAAAUGGUGCGGCAGCGCGAGCCCAUGCUCCGACGGGAAGUCCAUCGCCGACAGCUACCAGUGGUAGUCGUGGUCGUCGCCGAAACGGUCCCGUGUACACGUGACCCGAGACGGUUCAACCACGGCCGAACCAAUCGAUGGCCUGGUGGUCCCGAUGGGGCCCACGUCGCGGGCCUUCGCGUGUGAACCACACCUAGGCGAGAACGCGCGAUGGAUCGUCAUUUAGUGAUCCCGCUAGAAUGCGUCAAUAACGUUUAUCGUGUAGAGUCGUAGCACCCAGGGAUUUCGUAACGGGACGAGACGACCGGCGUUCUCGAAUUUUCUUUAUUGGAUCACGCGAAUAGUCGUGGAUAUUUUGUAAUAUUCUUGGUGGAGAUGAUUGGUGUGUGCUACGUACGAGGAGCUAUUCUAUGAUCGACUAUUUGGUGGAGGGAUCCCGUUUCAAUUCAUCCCGUCGGCAUUUUCUUUGGAUUUCGUUGCACGGGAGAGGUUCGUGUCGUUUCUUCUUGUAAUUGUUUUAUUAUUAUCAUUCGUUUCGAUCAAUUUUCUCGGAGAUUAGUGGUUAACCGGUGAACACUAUGAAUGUUUGAUAUUCUUGGAUAGAUGGUUUAAUGGGAUCGCAAUCGAAUGAUUUAUUUCGAAGGAUUUUCUCGUUUGGAGACAGUAAACGGAGACAAUAGAGAAUUCGUGAGUUUAAUGAAUUUAUCGGUAAUACCCUUUAAAUCUAGGUCUAAUACUUCUCCGCGAAUGUUCUCAAACAUCCAGCGACUGGCCGCAAAAUAAAAGUAAAAACAGAAGAAACCUCGUUCAUAUAAAUCCUCUUUUAACCCUGUGAAAAGGCAGUUUUUUGAAAAAGUUUCACGUGCGUCCUCCGCGAGAGUUAACGGUUGCGCUUUUAUUUUUUGCCGGGGAUACAAAUUAAACGGUAUGAGCACACAUAAAAUCUACUUCAGCCAUUUUUGUCUUCGCAGUGUAAAAAACAAAUUACCCCGCGUUUAACCGGGAACUUUUACUCUCAAAGAACCGUGCAUUGCCCUCGUGAAAAGGGAAUAUAAAGGGAGACACUUUCGAGAACAGAGAAUAGCCGAAAGAGAAAUAAAUAACAAUAAAAACAACAAUUAAAGUGCUCGUGGAAGGAUAUAAAUAUUAAAUAUAUUAAACACUACAAACCACGUUACAAUUUUACGAAACGGCACGAACUUCUUAGACAAUCCAUUAUCAUGGUGACCGUCGAUCGGAUUGAUACGAUUGUUCCCUUCCUCCUCAGUCAUCUAUCAACCGAUCGUCGACUUCGAUAUUCCCCGAACGAACCCAGAGAAUCCCAAGAAUCGCGUCUUAUCAUUACUUCCGAUCGAGCUUGCACAACCUCAGUGCGCUUUAACCUUUCGCACUCGAAGAACGCGACUCGCAAUCGCCAUUCGAUCCGACGAAAACUAUAAACCACAAUCUACAACAUCAAAUUCGAACAUAAUAAUCCUAGAAACACGAAACUCAAAAUACGAAUAUAAAACGUUCAAUCGAAAAUCAUAAAGUACAAUCAGCGAUUCCAUAGAUAUUUCAUUAAAAAAUAACCCACGCAAAAAUCUUUCGAGUGCAAAGGCUUAAUCCGUUUACCCAGCCACGAGUCUCGAACUUCUUCCAAUCCCUCUCACCCCCGAUGCCGGAACCGGAAGAAGACCUCCCCUGUCGCACGCAAAAUUUCCGGAAGUGUUCUCGAGACGAUCGAACCGGAUUACCCGGUCGAUGUACGCGAACGAAUUCCCGUGCGAGAUCCUGCGGGGCCGUGCCGCAGUUCCCGGGCUCCCCGGAUAUCCGACCGAUCCGGUCGCGAGAACUCGAACAAGAAGAUAAAGAAGCAGAGGAAGAAGAAGAAGAAGAAAAAGCGGAAAAAGAAGGUGAGAGUUUCCCGAAGGCGCGAAAAAUCGCUGGCAAUUCCCCGAGGCUUAAAGCGUUGAACGCAAUUAGCCCGUUCGACUCGCGCCGACGAACGUCCGAGCGCCUGUGUUCAUCUACACGCGCGGGAAACGGUUACGUGCGCGUGUAUAUACGCGCGAGGAACAAAGAGCCCGAACCGAUCGAUGGGGAAAGUUUCCCGAAGGAAUUCAACGGGUGGCCGGUGAGUCGAUCGACGGUCUUAGAAGGACUUUGCCCGUGUUCCCGGAUAAAUCCGACUCCGCUGCGUCCGCGACCCGGUCGCUCGCGAUGUUCGAACCUGAAAUUCUGGUAAAUCGGACGCUGUAUCGGUUGUACACUCGUUCUCGGCGGAAUUAGAAUCGGGAUCGAGCUGAUCGCGGUUCAUUUCGAGUUCAACCCCUUGCCCUAUGGUUUAUUUCUCAACUGAUGAUCCAUUCAGUUACGGUAGUAAUUUAUUAGGAAACGAAGAGAUCUUGCCUAUUCUAUGUGUAUGUUUAAUUAAAAGGUUGAGGACCGAUAAUAGAAAAGUAAUAUUUCAUUUAUGUUUUAAAAAAUUGAAUAACACUUAGGUUUGUCGAAUUCACCUUGGAAUUUUCGUUACGACUCUGACGCGUAUUGCAGGUGAAGGGAUUAAGGAAGCUGAAUUUUGGACUUUGAUGAAAUAGAAAGUCAUUGGCUCGUGUAUCUUCACCAGGAUAUAGAUGUUUAGUGAGUAAUUUAAAAUUGCGAUUGAAGAUGUUUCCUUGGGUUUCUUAUCUGUCGAACCUCCUGAACUGUCAGUGGUAUUAUCUCGUAAAUUUAAGUAUCAAGCGUCAUCAGUGCAUAGGAAAGGCGUGUAAUCUCUAUUCAUCCGCAGUUCCUUUAAACUACUCGAACAUCUGAACUCUUUAUCAUCGUAGAAUUACAUGGUUACAAUAAUCACGUCUCACUAGCAUCGAACACCAGCUUGAUCUCGUUUCAACAACCAGCAGUCCAUAAACAUCUGUCCCGAGUUCCCCGAUGAAAAGACGCAAAACUUCCCCGGAAAAUUGGCCCGAUCUCCUAUUUUAAUGCGUCUCACACAAAUGCAAAUUGCAGGAGCUCGUAAAGUCCGAACUCUCGAAACAGUUCAGGGUAAAUCCUGUGCAAAUCGAAGGGAUCGGCUCGAAUGCCCGUAGGAACACGGGGCGAAAUGGAAUCCGAGCCAGUGACCCGAAAUUUACGGACAGCCGUGCGUCUUCCUGCCCCUUUAUUGGCGCCGCGAUUCUUGGUCGCCUGUUCCAUUAACCCUUUAACCGAGUCCGGCGGCCGCCUUUUGAAGCCGAAGUUCGCCGCGCACCGCCGGUCGAGCGUUAUCGUCCGGCCCGGAUUAUCGACGUAACUCUCUUCGGAAUUUCUUCCUCGUUAAAACCGUAUCGAGGAUAAUUUAGCGGAUGGAGAGCGACCGGGAAUCCCCAUUGUCCCGCCGCGGAACGAGUUUACCCGGUCGGAGGGUCGGGCCGCGCGCCGUGCUCGAAUCAAUUUCGUCCCGAAACCUUUUCGAUAUUAUCUCGAUCGAGAGGUUUCCGAAAUGAAACGAAAACAAUACGUUCCCGCGAAGCGUUUUCGUGGCUUUCUAUUACGGCUCGAUCGGAAUAGCUUUCUUCCCGGCGCACCGAAUCGGUUCGCAGUGAACACACGAAGUCUGCGAGCGGUUUUAAGAUGGCGGACGCGGCGGCCAUUGAUGCGGGGGAAUUAUUUGUAAUUACGUUGAGUUACACUUGUUUGCCAGUGGAAAUUAUUACUGGGAAAUGUAUCAGGUUGUUCAAUCGAUGAGGAAGAUUCGUAGAAUGUCAGGUUAUAAUGGAGAUUCGAUGAUUCUAACCUUAGUUUGUUAUGUCCGCCAUCUUGGAGAGUAUCAGAGAUGUUCAUCCUUCGUAUGAUUUUCUUGUUCUACGUCAUCCUUCGUGCAUGGAUUCAGAUAACGAGUGUUCCCAAAUUAUCCGGGGAUGUUGAAUAAUUUGGAAUUAAUAGAGGAAGAGGAGGAUCACGGAAGAAAGCGAGGAACAAGUCGGUCACCGUGCAAAGGUUCAACUUCUUUUCCUUUUGUUUCGCCCGGCAGUGCUACGAUGCCCGUUCUCGUGGCGCGAUAGGGAAAAUUUUUACAAACCAAAAAAAAUGAUAUCAUCAGGUACGUCUUAGGUGAGUGUAUUAUAUCUUAGGCGUAAAUUUAACGAUAAUAAUUAACAACUAACGUUCAAUCGUAACUGGUUAAUUGAUUAGGCUCGUACUGUGGCGCCGUAGCGUGCGGCUGGUCCUGUUUCCCCGGAUUUCGCGGUUUGUGCAGCGUUCCAGCUUGAAGUUCGGCGAAAGAGACAAAUGAAAUUUCCGCGGGAAUGAGUCUCCGUUCUCGAAGCAGACGGUUUAAGGGGCAAGAACUCGCGGUCUCUCGUUUAAUCCGGAUUUCUGCCGGCGAGAUAUCGAGUGAAGCGCGACGAAAGGGAUGCUGCG